AUGGAGGCGCUGCUGCUGGGCGCGGGGUUGCUGCUGGGGGCCUACGUGCUUGUCUAUUACAACCUGGUGAAGGCCCCGCCCUGCGGCGGCAUAGCCAGCCUGCGCGGCCGCACGGCCGUGGUCACCGGCGCCAACAGCGGCAUCGGGAAGAUGACGGCGCUGGAGCUGGCGCGCCGGGGAGCGCGCGUGGUGCUGGCCUGUCGGAGCCGGGAGCGCGGUGAGGCGGCCGCCUUCGACCUCCGCCAGGAGAGUGGGAACAAUGAGGUCAUCUUCAUGGCCUUGGACUUGGCCAGUCUGGCCUCCGUUCGGGCCUUUGCUACUGCCUUCCUGAGCUCUGAGCCACGGCUGGACAUCCUCAUCCACAAUGCCGGGAUCAGUUCCUGUGGCCGGACCCACAAGCCGUUUAACCUGCUGCUGCGAGUGAACCACAUUGGCCCCUUCCUGCUGACACACCUGCUGCUGCCCCGGCUGAAGACCUGCGCCCCUAGCCGCGUGGUGGUGGUAUCCUCAGCCGCCCACCGGCGAGGGCGCCUCGACUUCACACGCCUGGAUCGGCCGGUGGUGGGCUGGCGGCAGGAGCUACGGGCAUAUGCCGACAGUAAGCUGGCCAACGUGUUGUUUGCCAGGGAGCUCGCCACUCAGCUUGAGGGUACCGGUGUCACCUGCUAUGCAGCCCACCCAGGGCCUGUGAACUCGGAGCUGUUCCUGCGCCACGUUCCUGGAUGGCUGUGCCCACUUUUGCGCCCACUAGCUUGGCUUGUGCUGCGGGCCCCAAGAGGGGGUGCCCAGACACCCCUGUACUGCGCUUUACAGGAGGGCAUUGAGCCCUUCAGUGGGAGAUAUUUUGCCAACUGCCACGUGGAGGAGGUGCCCCCAGCUGCCCGAGAUGACCGUGCAGCCCACCGGCUGUGGGAGGCCAGCAAAAGGCUGGCAGGGCUUGGGCCCAGUGAGGAGGCCGAACCUGAUGAAGAUCCCCAGCCUGAGGACCCAGGGGCCCCAUCUUCCCCGAGCAGCCCCCACCCUGAGGAGCUCACAGUUUCUGAACCCCACCCCAGCCCUCAGAGUUCACCAGACUUGUCUAAGGUCACACACCGAAUUCACGUUAAAACUGAACCCGAGCCCUAAAUCUCUUAAUCCAGGCUGGGAUGCUUUCCAUGGCACUCGGUGGCCCUUGAAAACCUUAA